AUGGCUCGAAUCACAGACAAUACAUCUGAAUACCUCACUGCGUUGGACUUUUCCUUCGCGGGCCGGGAGCCCUUCACCUCUGACCCGACAUUUGACUUUCUCCUCCAAAGGUUUCGAUCUGAUACAACUACGUCUUGGGACCAACUUGAAAUCAACAUACCUCCAAACUUGCACAAAUUCACUGAAGAAAUCAAUCGAGACACCCACCAAAUAUACAACCAUCAUAGUGACAGCAAAGUUCAAAGUGAGAACAAGGACAGAAGAAGAAUAUCCUCUGAUUCUCCGUUGCUAUGCAAAUGGUCAAACUGCAAACGCCCCGGGCCGUUCUCCAAUAGGGCAACUUUGAAACGCCAUGUCGAUACCCAGCAUCUUGAUCCACGUUCGUUCAAGUGCCAUUCCUGCAACAUGUCCUUUAAUCGGAAAGAUAACCUGGAUCAACAUCUCCGAGCUGAUUUUCAUCGGCAGAAGAGUCAAAAAACGCGGUAA